AUGGUUUCCACAGUGUAUAUUUUCUCUAUUUGUUUAAAGCAAACAACUAAUUCCACAAAAAAUACUAAGUUUCUAGAGAUUCAAGUGAUUGACCAACCUUGUCACGCUUCUGGGAUAGAACAAUGGGAAAUUCCUUAUGUGCAUCUCCCAAAACCCAAAACCUUUAGCAGGGAGGAAUGCGUCUGCAAUCCGGUUUGGAAUUUCGCCAUCUUGUCGAUGCAGAGAUCUGGGAGUGGAUGGUUUGAGACUUUGUUAAAUAGUCAUAUAAACAUUAGCUCGAAUGGUGAAAUAUUUUCUGUCAAAGAGAGGAGAAGCAAUGUUUCUGUGAUGCAAAGCACAAUGGAUAAAGUUUACAACCUCGAUUGGUUCACUAGUGCUUCUAAGAACGAGUGCUCCGGGGCAGUUGGGCUGAAAUGGAUGCUCAAUCAAGGCUUGAUGGAGCAGCACAAAGAUAUAGUAGACUACUUCAAAACAAGAGGUGUCUCUGCAAUAUUUCUCUUACGAAGGAAUCUGCUUCGCAGAAUGAUAUCUGUGCUUGCUAAUUCUUAUGAUAAGGAUGCUAAGCUAUUGAAUGGAACCCACGUGUCGCAUGUGCAUUCCUCACACGAGGCUCAAAUACUUGCAAGAUACAAGCCUAGAGUCAAUGUCACAUUACUCAUACCUAAUCCGAAGGAAGCGGAGGAAACAACUUCCAAGGCUUUGGAAUACUUUAAGAGCACUCGACACAUUGUUCUUUACUGUGAGGAUAUUCUUAGAAAUGGCCCUUUCUCAAAUCUCAGUUUGUUGUACAAUUUCCUGCGGAAACUCGUGGAAGUUCAGGAAUUCUUAAGGUUGCCAUAUAGAGACCUUAGAAGUAGACAGGUGAAGAUACACAGUGGCCCUUUAUCAAAACAUAUUAAAAAUUGGGAUGAUGUUCAGAAAGCAGUCAAGGGUACUUCAUAUGAGAGCUUCCUCCAUGCAGACUACUAA